UGACCCCAGCAGACGGCUCUGGAGAAGAGUGGUGCUACACCAUGCUGUGCAGACUUCUUCAUUAGACGUACCCAGCUUUCUACAUCUGCUGCUUUUGGAGGUAUUUUGGGAGUAAUUUGUCAGCUUUAAGUGAAUACGGUCUUCAUAGGUUUACAGAGAGGAUCUCAUCAGCUGAGCUGAAGGCUUUGGAGUAUCAUGCAGCCCCGCUGUGCAAUCAGUGUGUGCCAUGUGUUUAUGUUGGUGCUGUGUCUGUCUGCGGCUGAGGACUUCGACUGGACAAAGAACAACCACGGCUCCUUCUAUUAUGGCACUUUUCCAGCUGGAUUUUCGUGGGGUGCCGGAGGUUCAGCCUAUCAAACAGAGGGAGCUUGGGACAAAGAUGGAAAAGGACUGAGCAUCUGGGAUGUGUUCAGUCACAAAAAAGGCAAAAUCCAACUCAAUGACACGGGGGACUCCUCCUGUGAGGGCUACUAUAAAAUCAAGGAUGAUAUUUCUCUGAUGAAGGACCUGAGGCUGAAUCAUUAUCGCUUCUCGAUCGCCUGGCCAAGAAUUAUUCCCACUGGUGUAAAAUCUGACCAUGUAAAUGAAAAAGGAAUACAGUACUAUGAUGAACUAAUUGACCACCUACUGGAGAGCAACAUCACUCCCAUUGUUACGCUGUAUCACUGGGAUCUCCCUCAGGUUUUACAAGAGAAAUAUGGCGGAUGGCAAAACAUAAGUAUGGUCAAUCAUUUCAAUGACUUUGCCAACCUUUGCUUUGAGAAAUUUGGCGAUCGAGUGAAGCACUGGAUCACUUUCAACAAUCCAUGGUCUGUGGCUGUUGAAGGCUAUGAGACAGGUGAGCACGCUCCUGGGAUGAGGCUGAGAGGUAAUGGGGCCUACAGAGCUGCACAUCACAUCAUUAAGGCACAUGCCAAAGUUUGGCACACUUAUGAUACACAGUGGAGGGCGAAACAAAAAGGUCUUGUUGGCAUCUCUCUGUCGGGGGACUGGGGUGAGCCGGUGGACAUCAGCAACCAGAAAGACAAUGAAGCAGCGGAGAGAUAUGUCCAGUUCUACCUGGGCUGGUUCGCCACACCCAUCUUUCAUGGAGACUACCCUCAAGUAAUGAAAGACUUUGUUGGAAGGAAGAGUGUGCAGCAAGGACUUGGGACGUCUCGACUGCCCACGUUUUCUCCACAGGAGAAGAGCUACAUAAAGGGGACGUGUGACUUCCUGGGCAUCGGCCAUUUCACCACCCGCUACAUCACCCACAGGAACGACCCACCAGGCCAUAGCAGCAACAGCUACUUCACAGACCGUGACCUGGCUGAGCUGGUUGACCCGCGGUGGCCUGAUCCUGGGUCAGAAUGGCUCUACUCUGUGCCAUGGGGUUUCAGACGUCUGCUGAAUUUUGUCAAGACUCAGUACGGAAACCCAAAUAUUUACGUGACUGAGAAUGGAGUCUCUGAGAAGAUGAUGUGCACAGAGCUGUGUGAUGAGUGGAGGAUACAAUAUUAUAAAGACUACAUCAAUGAGAUGCUAAAAGCUAUCAGAGAUGGAGUCAAUGUAAAGGGCUACACUGCGUGGUCCCUGCUGGACAAGUUUGAGUGGGACGAAGGUUACUCCGAGAGAUUUGGCUUGUACUAUGUGGACUUCAGGAACAAAAACAAGCCACGUUAUCCAAAAGCUUCUGUGCAGUUUUACAAACGGGUAAUCAGCUCCAAUGGAUUUCCAAAUCAAAGAGAGGUUGAAAACUGGAAGAGAAAGGCUGUGGAGAUGUGUUCUUCCAGCAACCAGCUGUUAGCUGCAGCUAGAAGAAAAUCCAAGGAACAUGCUGAGAUGCCAAAGGUUUGGCCAGUGCAUGACGAAGUUUAAAGCUUCAGGACCCGCUGACCAGCCACAUGGAGAUGGUGACUGAGAUCGUCGUCCCCACUGUGUGCACACUCUCCAUUUUGAUCAGCGCUGUCUUGCUCAUGUUCCUCCUCCGAAGGAGGAACUAGGAGGCGUUCGAAGUCAUGAACACCCCUCAUGCAAUUCUUGUGCUAAAUUUCUUUAAUAUUUUUUGUGUGAACAUUUGUGAGAUCAAUUAAAAGAGAAAAGCUAACUUUAUUCAUUUGAUGUGUACGUGUUUGCUGACAAAAAUGUAACUGAUUCAGCAGAUAAAGUAGAACGAAGAAUCAGAGAUUCCGACCAGGUGAAUGCAUCUGUAACAUGCUACAUUUUCCUGUUGUAUUCUCCUAUCAGAGGGCUGCUGUGAAAUUUCUUCAUUUGUGCUUUUAUCUGGAUUAAACUUUGUUCAACAGAUA